AUGGCCUUCACCCUGGUGUUCCCGACCUUUACUAGCGCAAUGACUGGUUACAACGGCAACGUUGAACCAUUUGUCAAUGCGACGGAUAGCAACUACGUACCCUUUGGGUCCUUCUACUAUGCAUUAUAUGUCAUUCAUGAUGGGUGGAGAAUUGACAGAGAGGGAGAACACAUCGUGAUUGACUCUUAUGGUGGUAAAGAUGUGAGACGGUAUGGCCUUGACGGCAAAGUUGCAAAUCCCUCCGUCUUCAUGGGACAAGAGCUCCCACCGCCGGUCGUAAACAUUUCGACUUUCUAUCUAAACUAUCAACUUGCAAAAAAAUCCGUGACCCGGAAAAUCACGUACUACGAAAAAUCCAAAGACGAUAUGCGAUGGGCGUACGGAAACAGCACUUAUAAGUGGGAAGACCUGGAACAAAGAGGCAGAUGCCAGGCUGACUACCAGUGGGGGUUCUCAUUCAUUCAGCUAUUCAUGAUGGUCAUCAUCUUGAUUAUUUGGACAAUAGGAAUCCUCGUCAUGUGGCGCAGAUCGCAGUCUACUGUAAAGAGACGGGCCAGGAAGGAAGUUGCAGGCGAAAACAAAGCCAUUCUGGAGCUUUCUUACACGAUGCGGAGGCAGUUGAGCGAGCAUACCAGAGAAGAGGGCGAGGAUGACUCUACCAUCACUGAAUCCGUUUUGAGCGACCGAAUCAAGAAGGACCUACAGGGUGGGUCUAUCUCCUAUUUGACGCCACUACUUCCCAACGGAGACAGCACAGAAAAGUGGACCUUCCUAAACUAG